AUGGAGCCAGCACAUAAACAUCAAUCGUCGCUGGACGACACGUCCAAGUCAGGGGCCCGGGGGUCCAGCGACGAACCCAACAAGCUACAGGGUUAUGCAUCGGCCCCUGGUGUGGUUGACGAUGUCACUCGGGUGGUUGACCACAAGGCUGAGCGACGCCUAUGCCGGCGAUUCGAUAUUCGUCUGUUGCCAAUUCUGGCAAUCAUGUAUCUGUUCAACGCUCUGGACAAGGGCAAUCUGGGUAAUGCAAAGACGGACCAUAUGACUGACGACCUCCAUUUCAAGCCAAACCAGUACAAUCUCCUCCUGUCAAUCUUCUUCGUGCCCUUUGUGAUCUUCGCACCACCCUUUUCCAUGCUGGGCAAAAAGUUCAGUCCAGCUCGGGUCCUGCCCGUUCUCAUGUUUUCCUUUGGCAGUUUCACCCUGCUCUCGGCUGCCGCGAAGAACUUUGGUGGUCUCUUUGCUCUACGCUGGUUCCUCGGCAUGUCCGAAGCGGCUUUCUUCCCUCUGGUCAUCUACUAUUUAACCACAUUCUACCGCCGAGGCGAGCUGGCUCGCCGACUGGCCGUCUUCUACGCGGCGUCCAACAUUGCUAAUGCCUUUUCCGGGCUGAUCGCCUUUGGCGUGUUUCAAAUCAAAGGAUCGAGUCUGCCUAAUUGGCGCUAUCUAUUUAUCAUCGAGGGAGGCGUGACGGUCAUCUUUGCCGUCUUUGCAUUCUUCUACCUACCCAAGAGUGCCGCCGAGGCGAGUUUCUUGUCGGAAGAGGAGAAAGCGCUGGCCUUCCACCGCAUCCAGGUCGAUUCGAGUGCGGUGGUUAAUGAGAAGUUCCGAUUCCGCGAAGCCCUGGGCAUUUUCAAGCACCCGACUACGUACGUCUUUCUGUGCAUUGAAAUCUGCCUGGGUGUGCCUCUGCAAGGUGUGGCCCUCUUCAUGCCCCAGAUCGUAGCUCGUCUGGGCUAUCCGACCGUCAAGACCAACCUGUACACGGUAGCCCCGAACGUCACGGGAGCCGUGAUGCUGCUGGUCCUUGCAUUUUGCUCAGACUAUACCCGGCUGCGAUCUCCCUUUAUCGUGCUGGGAUUCCUAUUCACCUUUACCGGCUUUAUGAUCUACGCGUCUAUCAACGAUGUCCAACAGCAGAUCCAGGUGGCGUACUUUGCAACAUUUAUGAUGACGUGGGGCACGUCCGCCCCAUCGGUGAUGCUGAGCACCUGGUACAACAACAACAUCGCCCACGAGGGUCGUCGGGUCCUCCUGACCAGUAUCGGCGUCCCACUGGCCAACCUGAUGGGCCUGGUCAGCAGCAACGUGUUCCUGGAGAAAGAUGCGCCCAAGUACAUGCCGGCACUGAUUACAGUGUCAGCAUUUGGAGCCACGGGGGCCUGUCUGGCGGGACUGUUGGGCUUGUAUAUGUGGUUAGAUAAUAAACGCCGGGACCGUCGCGAUGGGAGGACGAUUCGGGCCCGGGAUAUCCCCACGGAGCGGAUGCGCGAUGGGCCUGCCUCGCCUGAGUUCCGCUGGUUCUUGUGA